AUGGUAGGAAAAGAAGAUGGUCUUCUGGCGAUCGCGGGUGUGUGGAAUAAUAUAAUGAAGGUGGAAGCUAAAACUUGGAUUAAAGGUAAAAGAAUAAAUAGCCUCAUGAAAGGUGUCCCGGGGAACGAGUGUUACAUUCGGUUCAGGAUCGAUCUAUGGUUAGGUGACACUCCUCUCAUGUUUAAGUGGCCAAGACUUUUCGCUCUCGAAAGAAUUAAAGAUUGCUGCGUAAAGGAUCGUGUUCCAGCUUCUAAUGAAGAGAUUUUGCAGCUGUGUUGUUGGGACAGGUCGCCGGUUACUUCAGUGGAGGUGGCGGAGCUGGUAGAAUAUGUGAAUUUGUUGAACGGGGUGGUUUUAUCGGCUGCCAAGGAUAAAUGGGUAUGGACUCCUGAUGGGGCGGGUAAGUUUUCUACCUUUUCUUUCAAGAGUUUGGUUUCGGAUGAUAGUUCUGAAGAUGUCUUGUUCUCGGUAAAAGGCCCUAGGUGGGUUCCGUUAAAAUGCAGAAUUUUUAUGUGGAGAUUGGUUCUUGAUCGUCUCCCCUCAAGAGAAGCGCUUAGGAAGAGAAAUAUUUUGGUGGGUUCGGAUAUGUGCGGUCUAUGUGGGGAUGGGGUGGAAUCGGUGGAUCAUUUGUUUUCCGCAUGUUCUUAUUCUAUGGGAGUUUGGAAUCGGCUUAGUGAGUGGAUCAAAGUUCCGCCUAUUUUCGCCUUUUCUGUUUAUGAUCUUCUUGAGGUGCAUAGAGGUUUCGAAGGGGAGGAUAAAGCUAAGGAUAUUGUUCGCGGUCUUGUUUUGGUGGCUUGUUGGGCUAUAUGGAAGGCGAGAAACGAUAAGAUUUUUUCAAACGGGAGAGGUGAUUUUGAGGACAUUUUUGGGGAAGUGAGAUCGUUAGGUUUUCUUUGGUUAAAAAGUAGGUCCAAACACCGUAACUUGGUGUGGAGAGAGUGGUGUAAUUAUCCAUCGUAUAUGUUGUAG